CAAAAACCCUAACUUUAUUAUUUCGUGUUUGCAUGUCCAUUUCAAUCCGAUGUUGAUAUGCUAAAAGCCUUUUUAUUCAUGCCAAUCAGCUCUUCUGUGGUGUGAUCUUCUGAAGCAUGAGUUUGAAAGAGCAGGAUAAGCUCGAAGAUCGUCAAGAGAGCUUCUCCUUGAGCAACUAUGACUUCUCCUCCUCCUCCUUCGGCGUCGUCCUGUCCGAUGGCGAGGACAGCGACGAGUCAUACAUCGAGAUAGAGCUCGAACGAGCCAAAUCCCACAGGACCGGAGGCGACGUCCAAUCUGACGGCGAGGACGGCGAGAUAGAGCUGCGGAUCUCGAUUUCGUCCCACGCCCCCUUUCCCCGGCUGUCGAUUCCAAGCUUCAGCCGGGAGACCGAUGGCGCUGAGAGCGGAAGCAGCCAGUCACCUUCGUCUGCCACAUACGCUUCGACUUCUUGGUUUUGGUCGAAAGCUCGCGACCACAACAAGAAGGCACCCGAAUCGAAGGGAUCUCCCGGCGGCGGGAGAGGCGCAGCGCAGUUUCCGUCUGUCAGCCGGCUAUUGAAUAUGCUCAUAUCGAGCUUGAAGGCUCCGCAGGAGAUUCGCCAAGAAAACAAUGAUGCUUGUAGCAAUGAAAAGCAAGAUAAGAAGACCGAGAUGCCGCGCGCGAGGAAGCCAUCAUCGAAGACAAGGACGACGACGAACGGAGGCAUCAUGAAGUUCUUCAUCAAGCUCCGAGCCAUGCAAGCGAAAGCCCUCUUGGCCCCGAUCAUGAAGACCCGCGACGCGACCGCGACCGCGACCGAUCCCAAAGGCAAGAAGAGGAUUUCAGGCAGAGAAAGGAAGCAGAAACUGGAGGAGACGCUCGGGUUCUACUGGAGGAUGUCCACUGGUAAAACCGCCAAGAAUUCGUCGUCGUCAGCAUCGAUGUCGUCAUCAUCAGCUGGGAAAGACCAACGUUACGACAAGAGCUCGUCUGCGAAGACGAACAGCAAAAAGAGUGUGGCGGAGGCUUUGAACGGUGGCCGGUUUGAAAGAACAUCGUCGUCAGCAAGUUGUCCGAGCUCCAUUAGGUGCUCUCCUCUUCAUGCCGGAGAGAACUCCAUUCAGGCGGCGAUUGCUCAUUGCAAGAGCUCGUUUGUGCCGUUCCCUGGAUUCUACUUUUGAUCUUCACUCUAAGUUGGAUCCGCAACAUGUAUUGGACUAGCAGCAAUAAUAGUAAUAGUGAUGGACUUCUUUUGAUCUUCACUUUAUAGUUCUGUGGCUAUAUGGAACAUCUAUGAUUGCUGAGCUAAAAGAUAAGGAUCUCGUUCAUCUGCAAACUUACCCGUAAAUAUGUUUAUGUCUGCAG